AUGCCAUUGUGGAAGCUAUUUGGUGGAGCUUCAAGUACAAUUACCACUGACAUAGCAAUUCCAAUAGUUUCUCCAGCCGAAGCUUCGGAUUUGGCGCUUAAGUACAGGAAAGAAGGGUUUGAAACCUUGAAACUCAAGGUGGGGAAGAACCCUAAGGCUGACAUAGAAGUUCUCCAGGCUAUACAUGCAGUCCACCCUACUUAUUCUUCAUUUUGGAUGCAAAUGAGGGUCUUGAACGCUAGAGGUUUUAGCAGACCUUAG